UUCAGUUUUCAGUCCGUCUUCAGACGCGAAGCAUUAAACCUCGCAGUAAUCGAGCGCUCCGUGCGUUCGCUCUGCUAAGUAAAUUAACAAGAUUAAUUAAUUAAUUAAUUAAUGUGUCUCACUCUAGUUUAAUUAACAGAAUCAUCUUCACAUAUUUGUUUUAUCAUAAAUGUGAAUUGUGAAUUAAAUCAUAACAUUUUUAAAAAGUUAUGAUUAAAUUGUUAAUUAUUUUUUUACGUGACGACGGACUUUUUUAAACGAGUGAUUUUUAAAUAAUGUGGUUGAGCUUCUCGAUGAUUCGAGUACGUCAGUGAUCACAAGUCAUUUUUUCAUUAAAGAAAUAAAUAUUUUUUGAAACCACUGAGGGUUUUUUUUGUUGGAUUUGUUGAGAGAUUGAAUUGGGAAAAUGAAGUUAGAGGGCAACAGUUCGAGGGAUGAUGACGCCAAUGGAAUUUUAAUGCAGCCGAGAAAGGGUUCGGUUGUUAGAGUUCAGAUUGUGCCGAUUCAGCCGAAAACUAUAACGCAUUUACCGAAAAGGCCACCAGUUGAUCUCGCGUUUACGGAUUUAACUUACAAAGUCAGAGAGGGACGCAAAGGAAAUGAGAAGACAAUUCUCAAAUCUGUCAGUGGGAGAUUAAGAUCCGGCGAACUUACGGCAAUAAUGGGACCGUCUGGCGCUGGAAAAUCAACUUUACUUAAUAUUCUUACUGGAUACAAAUCUUCAGGAACGGAAGGCAGUAUAACGAUGAAUGGAAAUGAAAGAAAUUUGAGCACAUUUAGAAAAUUAUCAGCUUAUAUUAUGCAAGAUAAUCAAUUACAUGGAAAUCUUACCGUUGAAGAAGCUAUGAAAGUCGCGGCUAGUUUAAAAUUGAGCAGUAAAAUUGACAAAGCAGAGAAGGAAGAACUUAUCCAAGAGAUCCUUGAAACACUCGGAUUGGCAGAGCAUCGUCGCACAAUGACCUCGAACUUGAGUGGAGGACAGAAAAAACGUUUAUCCAUCGCAUUGGAACUGGUUAACAACCCUCCAAUAAUGUUCUUCGACGAGCCCACGAGUGGCUUGGAUUCAUCAUCAUGCUUCCAAUGUAUCUCGUUAUUAAAAACACUUGCUCGAGGUGGAAGGACAAUAAUAUGCACGAUACAUCAGCCAAGUGCGAGAUUAUUUGAAAUGUUCGAUGCUCUGUACACUUUAGCUGAAGGCCAGUGUGUAUAUCAAGGUUCAACAUCACAAUUGGUACCGUUCUUACGUUAUCAGGGACUUAAUUGUCCGAGUUAUCACAAUCCGGCUUCAUUUAUAAUCGAAGUAGCCUGCGGCGAAUAUGGAGACAAUAUAUCGACAAUGGUGAACGCCAUAAAAAAUGGAAAGCAUGACAUCCGCGACGGCUACCCCUUCCCGGACUCAAAGUCCGACAACCUGAACAACGCGCUCCAGGGCGUGAACGGCCUAACGAAGGACGAAAAAUCAUCAGGUCUCCUCGAGGUGACGAUUCCCAUUACCGACAAAAACGACGCCAGCAACAUAAAAGAAAAAUACCCCGACAGCAAGACCGAGGGCCUCAACCUGAAAGACAACCAUAGCAAUGGCGGCGUGAUACCGACGUACGCGACCAACGAUAUUUCGAAGCACGACUUGGUGAUAACAGUCGACGAAAAGAAGGACAAUAUCGACGUAAACACUUCGUUGUUAGACGAAACGAUGGUUCUCACUCCCAAGAGAUAUCCGACCUCAGAGCUGACCCAGUUCUGGAUCGUCUUGAAACGGACGUUGCUUUUCAGCCGUCGGGACUGGACGCUCAUGUACCUCCGUCUUUUCGCUCACAUUCUUGUGGGGUUACUUAUCGGCGCACUUUACUACGACAUCGGUAAUGACGGUGGUAAAGUGCUGAGUAAUUUAGGAUUCUUAUUCUUCAAUAUGUUGUUUCUCAUGUACACAUCAAUGACUAUUACGAUAUUGUCAUUUCCGCUGGAGAUGCCGGUUCUGAUGAAAGAAAAUUUCAACCGAUGGUACUCAUUAAAGUCAUAUUAUUUAGCCAUCACUAUAUCGGAUCUUCCAUUCCAGACAAUUUUCUGUAUGAUGUAUCUGUGCAUCGUUUACUUCAUGACGAGUCAGCCGUUGGACGCAAUGAGAUUCAGUAUGUUCGUGGGCGCCUGUUUGCUAAUUUCAUAUGUCGCGCAGUCGGUGGGUCUGGUCGUUGGAGCCGCAAUGAAUGUACAAAAUGGCGUCUUCCUGGCCCCUGUGAUGUCGGUACCAUUUUUGCUGUUCUCUGGGUUCUUUGUCAGCUUCGAUGCGAUACCCGUGUACUUGAGGUGGAUCACGUACUUGAGUUACAUCAGAUAUGGGUUCGAAGGCACUGCCUUGGCCACUUAUGGAUUCGCCCGUUCUAAGCUCAAGUGUUUCCAGCCCUACUGUCACUUCAAGGAACCGACGACGACGCUCGAGGAACUCGACAUGCUCGAUGCCGACUUCACACUCGAUAUUCUCGCAUUAAUUUUAAUUUUCCUGGUGCUAAGAAUCGCGGCCUACUUAUUUUUAAGAUGGAAACUAAAAGCCGCUCGAUAAAAAAAUUAAUUAUAAAAUCGUACAAUAAUUUUUC